AUGGCUCAGCUGGUUGGACAUGGGAAGAUAGCCAUUUUGAUUCCUUGUCAGGGCAUAUGCCUGGGUUGUAAGCUCGAUCCCUACAGGGGAUCAUGCAGGAGGCAGUUGAUUGCUGUUAACGCUCUCACAUCAAUAUUUCUCUCCUGCUCCCUUUCUCUCAAAAUCAGUAAAAAUAAUAAUAAUAAUAAUAAUAAAUCUUUAAAAAUUAUUUAUUUAAAACACACCUCAUUCUCCUACUUUGAAGAUUCUGUCCAACUCAGGCUUCAGGAAGGGAUUGUUACCUCCUCCAGCUCCUCUCCUAGGCCUCCUCAUGAGGACAGGCUGAAAUGA